GCUGCUCUAGCUCCGUCUGCAAACCCACCCUCCUCCGCUUCUUCCCCUCCCUUCCCCAUCCGGCCUCGGCGCCCGACUCCGUUACCUUCUGCCAAUAAGGCGGGUGGUAUCGGGGCGGUAUGGCUAACGGGAAGAAGCCCUCGCGGGACGAACUCAAGAGCCUCCAGGAGGACCUGGGGCCAUAUUACCAGCAGCCCUUACUCCCGCGAAGACGCGACCCCCCUUCUAGGGAAGCGACGAUUCAGGAGAUCCGACGUCACCAGUCUAACACCCCGGAAUCCAAGCGCGGCACCAAGCGGGACACGUCCAGUAGAGACUCGACGCCAAACCGAUCGAGUACGCCGAGAUCGAAAAGCCGCGGACAGACUGUAGGCCAAGAGGUUUCAACACCCAAGUGGUCACCAAGGAGCGAACCGUCGAGGCAACACACACCAAAGACGGACUCGGCCAAGCGGGAGCCACCGCCUCGCGACAUGUCACAACGAAAUCGAAGUGGACGAGGGUCCAACCGGAACAAUGGCAACUCCCACGGCGAGGAAGUGCAAAUUUGGGAGCUCUGCAAGGGCCAAGUCUCGGAUAUUGUAAGCGGCAUCAACACCGAAAACGACAGCCUUACGGAGCUUGUGAACAUGGACAAGCAGGUCGGCACGAUGGACCUCGAGAAGAUCCCCGGGGACUCCCUUCAGCAAAUGGAACAACUGUGCCGCACAGGAGUGAAGCAUUCCGAGGCGAACAUGGUGGCUCUCAAAUCUUUGUCGGACCAGCUCAAAGUCUUGCGCGCAGUUGUGGUUGCCAAGGAACAGUCGGAGGCCCAGGCGGCCGGGCCAGGGAAGAGGCAGGCUAGAGACAGUGCUGCCACAGCGUCGUCACUCUACGACUUUGACGGCGCUGGAGAUUCACCGGUACCUAGCCCUAUGGGGGGUUCGUCACGAAAAUAUGGUGACCGAUCCAGCAACCGAGACAGAGACAGCAUGCCGCCCAAGGCCGACAGCGUUGAGCCACAAGGGUCAUCGGGGAGCGGUGCGGGGUCUAAUGCUGGGGCUAGCAACAAAUCCAAGGUGCUCUUCUCCAAGGGCGACUCGGUUGCGUUCAAGCCUCGGCAAGUCAACGGAGACCAGACGACGGACUGGAUACUUGGUGAGGUAGCGCAGGUACUAGGCGAAGGGAAGAGCCGAAGGUACAAGGUGCUGGAUAUUGAACCGGACGACCAGAGCAAGCAAAAGGAGUACCGGUCGAGCGCCAGCAGCAUGAUUUCGAUCACGGCGGAGAGCCAGGCAAGCACUCUCAAGGAUUGGGAACACGGCAAGGUGGUAUUGGCUCUGUACCCCAACACGACGACGUUUUACAAGGCCGAGGUGCACAACAUGGCGGACAAUGGCAAGGUGAAUCUCAAGUUUGAGGGGGAGAAUGACUCGUCGACGCUGCAGCAGGUGGAGCGGCGGUUUGUGAUCGAGUAUCGGGCCUGACACGGCGUGCCAAGACUGCGGGUUUCCGAACCUACGGGGCUCUGAUAAAUACAGCGAGCUCGGAGUUUUGGGCAGAGACACAGCUGGGAGCGUUUAUCGCUCGUUGACCAGCAGCCAUGACGACAUGAGAUG